GGGCGUGUCUCUGUAAACCAAUAGAACAAACUGAGAGGUGGGGUUACGUGGCCCAUGACAAUAAAUACAGUGAGUUGCACAUGACUGGUGCUCUUCUCCCCGAAGUAGGUCUUCACAGUAAGCGUAUAGCGCCGUUCUAAGGCCGAGAAACAACCCCAAACUGCAAAUAUGUCAAGAAAAUUCUUCGUUGGUGGUAACUGGAAGAUGAAUGGCGACAAGGCCAGCCUUGGCGAACUCAUCAAAACCCUGAACUCCGCCAAGCUCGACCCCAACACCGGUGCGUGGUUCUGUGUUUUAAUGUCUGACUCGUGUAGUAGGCUGAGAGUGAUAGUUGAUCUUUGACAUUGUGUAACUUGUCGCAUUGGGUUGCCUGUUGUAGCCUAUCCAGUUGAAAUGCAAUCGCACUUCACACUUGCAUUGUGAAAUGUAUUUUUCAUCUCUCCAUCAAAAUAAGGAAAAAGCAUGACACAAAGAAUAUGGAAGGUCAUUUUUCUGGUAUCAGUGCACGAAUCAAUGGGUGGCAAACGGAGCUGUACUCCGGUAGGUCCCUUUUCAUUGCCACUUUCACAAUGGUUUUAAAUUAUAGGAUACCUUGACUGCACCAAUUGUGACGUAAUUAUGAUGCGAUGGUGACAAUUUGUGGAAUAGAAAUCACCAAUGCAGAAUACAUAGGCCAAUGCCUAUUUUGGUACUGAAGCCCCCUAUACUCCUUUGUAACUGGAUAAAUCUAUUGUGGGUCAGGGGAUUUCAACCAGUAUUUUAAACUGAACUAGGAUCGAAGAACAUUACUUGCUAAGUGGAUUUUCUUUGACAGUGGGUAGACGUUUCGAACAGCACGUAGCCACUACUGUCUGUCUGGCGCAAGCGAGGGGCGAAAUGUCUGUUUGUUCUCCACUCCGCCAUGGAAAUGUUGGUGUUUCCGCCAUUCUCUAUUGUGCAUUUCCAAGCUGCCACAACGCGUAAAUGCAAUUUUCCCUGACUGCAUGUUUGCAUUUGAAUACACAGGUUCAAGAACAGGCUACAGGUACUUAGUCAGAUUUUUGUGUCGUUUUUGUAGGAUACACAAACGCUCAUGUGUGUUAUAUUUUCUGCUCCACGGAGUGCGCAAUAAGGACACGUUCUGUCAGUGUAGUAGCCUACAUUUCAGUGUACAGCCUCGGACUUUACCCCACAGAAAGAGCCACCCCUUACAACUCCUCUCACUUGUCUACACAGUACACACUGACUGACGCAUGAAACAGGACGCUGCAUGUGCUAACAGAAGGCUGAAACUCGAGUAGACUUUUCCCAUGUGUCUCUUUCUAGAAAUGUAAAGUCAAAGUUCAGCCAUUUCUUCCCUGGGCCGUUUUAUGAAACUGGAGAGUUAAAAAAAAAUAUUUAUCCUGUGGAUGACCUUUGAACUUAAGAUCCUGUUCGACCCCAGCAGAAUGUGACCAUGUGAGCGACCUUUGUGAGCUGAGUUCUAGUAACCUUUCGGAGGUUGAACUAGGACCUUUUUGCAGCGGGGACUGACUCUGGGCAUGGGAUAAAUGACCUUUGCAGCGGGAAUAGUGACUGUAGAAGUUUAAUAUAGACACACUUAACCCCAAGAUACAGUUACAUUGCUAAUGUCAGUGUCUGGCCUACUGUACCUCACAACACUGGGGAUAUCCCACUUGUACAGUGUGUACUAAUGCUGCAGACUCUGGAAUUGGACUGUAUAACCAACACUGUGGAUCAAAUAGGCCUAAUCAUUUUGAUUGGUAGGCCUUGUUGUUUGAUACACUUAAGUGGAUAGUAGAUUGAGGCACUACCUGGAGUUAUCCAGACAGCUGUUGUCACCACUCAAAGGAAAGCCUUUUCAAAUCAAAUUGUAUUUGUCACAUGCGCCGAAUACAACAGGUGUGGACCUUACAGUCAAAUGCUUACUGACAAGCCCUUAACCAACAAUGCAGCUUUAAGAAAGAAUAACAAAAAAAUGAAUAAAAGUAACAAAUAAUUAAAGAGCAGCAGUAAAAUAACAAUAGCGAGGCUAUAUACAGGGGGUACCGGUACAGAAUCAAUGUGCGGGGGCACUGGUUAGUCAAGGUAAUUGAGGUAAUAUGUACAUGUAGGUAGCGUUAUUUAAGUGCCUAUGCAUAGAUAAUAAUGCAAAUAGUCUGGGUAGCCAAUUGAUUAGGACAACAACCUCUCCCUCAAUGUGAUGAAGAUAAAGGAGAUGAUUGUGGACUACAGGAAAAAGAAGGGGCCCGAGCACGCCCCCAUUCUCAUCAAUGGGGCUGUAGUGGAGCAGGUGGAGAGCUUCAAGUUCCUUAGUGUCCACAUCACCAAUAAACUAACAUGGUCCAAGCACACCAAGACAGUCGUGAAGAGGGCAUGACAAAAUGUAUUCCCCCUAAGGAGACUGAAAAGAUUUGGCAUGGGUCCACAGAUCCUCAAAAGGUUCUACAGCUGCACCAUCGAGAGCAUCCUGACUGGUUGCAUCACUGCCUUGUAUGGCAACUGCUCGGCCUCCGACCGCAAGGCACUACAGAGGGCAGUGCGUAUGGCCCAGUACAUCACUGGGGAACUUGAAGCUCUCAACCUGCUCCGCUACAACCCCGUCGAUGAGAAUGGGGGUGUGCUCGGUCCUCAUCUUUUUCCUGUAGUCCACAAUCAUCUCCUUUUGUCUUGAUCACGUUGAGGGAGAGGUUGUCCUGGCACCACACGGCCAGGUCUCUGACCUCCUCCCUAUAGGCUGUCUUGCCGGUGAUCAGGCCUACCACUGUUGUGUCAUGGGCAAACUUAAUGAUGGUGUUGGAGUCGUGCCUGGCCAUGCAGUCAUGAGUGAACAGGGAGUACAGGAGGGGACUGAGCACGCACCCCUGAGGGGCCCCCGUGUUGAGGAUCAGUGUGACGAAUGUGUUGUUACCUACCCUUACCACCUGGGGGCAGCCCAUCAAGAAGUCCAGGAUCCAGUUGCAGAGGGAGGUAUUUAGUCCCAGGGUCCUUAGCUUAGUGAUGAGCUUUGAGGGCACUAUGGUGUUGAACGCUGAGCUGUAGUCAAUUAAUAGCAUUCUCACAUAGGUGUUCCUUUUGUCCAGGUGGGAAAGAGCAGUGUGGAGCGCAAUAGAGAUUGCAUCAUCUGUUGGGGCGUUAUGCAAAUUGGAGUGGGUUUCUGGGAAAAUGAUGAUGUGAGCCAUGACCAGCCUUUCAAAGCACUUCAUGGCUACAGACGUGAGUGCUACAGGUCGGUAGUCAUUUAGGCAGGUUACCUUAGUGUUCUUGGGCACAGGGACUAUAGUGGUCUGCUUGAAACAACAUGUUGGUAUUACAGACUCAGACAAGGAGAGGUUGAAAAUGUCAGUGAAGACCCUUGCCAGUUGGUCAGCGCAUGCUCGGAGUACACGUCCUGGUAAUCCGUCUGGCCUUGUGAACGUUGACCUGUUUUAUAGGCGUUACUCACAUCGGCUACGGAGAGCGUGAUCACACAGUCAUCCGGAACAGCUGAUGCUCUCAUGCAUGUUUGUGUUACUUGCCUCGACGUGAGCAUAGAAGUAAUUUAGCUCGUCUGGUAGGCUCGUGUCACUGGGCACCUCACGGCUGUGCUUCCCUUUUGUAGUCUAAUAGUUUGCAAGCCCUGCCACAUCCGACGAGCGUCGGAGCCGGUGUAGUACGAUUUCGAUCUUAGUCCUGUAUUGAUGCUUUGCCUGUUUGAUGGUUCGUCGGAGGGCAUAGUGGGAUUUCUUAUAAGCUUCCGGGUUAGAGUCCCGCUCCUUGAAAGCAGCAGCUCUACCUUUUAGCUCAGUGCGAAUGUUGCCUGUAAUCCAUGGAUUCUGGUUGGGGUAUGUAUUUACAGUCACUGUGGGGACGACGUCAUCGAUGCACUUAUUGAUGAAGCCAGUGACUGAUGUGACAGCGGAGUCACUGACCACCUUCCGGAGACAAUUGAAACCCUACCUCUUUAAGGAAUACCUGGAAUAGUAUAAAGUAAUCCUUCUACCCCCCCCUCCCCCCACAAAAAAACACAAAAAAAAGUGGUUGUCCCACUGGCUACAAUAAUGUAAAUGUGGUGUACUCCUUAAUGUCAUCAGAAGAAUUUAGGAACAUAUUUCAGUCUGUGCUAGCAAAACAGGCCUGUAGCUUAGCAUCUGCUUCAUCUGACCACUUUUUUUACUGACCGAGUCACUGGUGCUUCCUGCUUAAGUUUUUGCUUGUAAGCAGGAAUUAGGAGGAUAGAACUAUGGUCAGAUUUGCCAAAUGGAGGGCGAGGGAGAGCUUUGUACGCGUCUCUGUGUGUGGACUAAAGGUGGUUUAGAGUUUUUCCACUGAUACUAGAUGUCACCAACAAUCACAGCGUACCCUUCCUAUUUCAGUUUUUCUGAAAAUAUUACUGUAACAUGGACAUCCAUGUAAACAUCAAGGGGCAAAUCUGAACUUCACUUAAACUCACCCAUUGACAUCAAUGCAUGACUAAGUGAAAGUUCAACUUGGGUAGAAUUUAGUAUUCACCUCUAAGAAUAUUAUCUGGUCCGGUGUGAGUCAGUCUGUUAUUCAAACCCUGAGAAUAGUGGUCAGUGCAUGACCGUGUUGGUUCUCUCUCUGUGCUUGCAGAGGUGGUCUGCGGUGCCCCAUCAAUCUACCUGGAGUUCGCCAGGUCCAAGCUGGACCCUAAGAUCGGAGUGGCCGCUCAGAACUGCUACAAGGUCAAGGGGGGAGCCUUCACCGGGGAGAUCAGGUAACGGACAUGCCCUGUAACUGCGCAUGCUAGUGUCUUCAGGACUCUACUGCUUUACUGAACCAAACACUGUAGGCCGACUGUACUUUGUGUGCUAAUCGCUCUUCUUUCUCUCACUUUUCUCUCUUUCUUUUUCCCUUCUGUAUCUUACUUUCUCUCACUUCCUUUAUGCCCCAUUCCCCCUCUCUUUCUCUCCUCCUCUCAGCCCUGCGAUGAUCAAGGACGUUGGCGUGCACUGGGUGAUCCUGGGCCACUCUGAGAGGCGAUGGGUCUUUGGAGAGACUGAUGAGGUAAAUGGCUUAUUUGGUCGAGUGCUGGUGUUUAUGAAUGUGUAGUCUCGGGUAGAGUCUUUGGAGACGGCAGCAGACUAUCACAAGAACAGGGCCAUGACACAGUAUUGGAUUAUGUCUCUUUCAACAGUGAAUUGACCUUACAAAUGACUGAAUUUGAGGAGCAAUGACAAAUCUAUGCAUCAUCAUUUUAAUCUCCAUUUUAUUUGAUAAACCCUCAAGGUGUUCAUCAAGUAGAGGAAAUGUGAAAAAUAUUACAACAAAUGAUCAACCUGUCAUCUGAUUGGAUAACUGUUUGUGUGUCCUGACAGCUUAUUGGUCAGAAGUGCGCCCACGCCCUGGAGAAUGGCCUGGGUGUCAUUGCUUGUAUUGGUGAGAAGCUGGAUGAGAGGGAGGCUGGCAUCACAGAGAAGGUCAUCAACGCACAGACCAAGCACUUCGCAGGUAUUGUAACCGUCACCUGAAAUCACUGCUUCAUAAUGAGUGUGUUACACAGAACCACAGAUUCUGCUCAGGCGUACACAUAUUAUCAGAGCCUGUAAUCAGUGUUUCAGAGCGCUGAUAUAGGAUCAGUUUUGGCCUUUUAUAUCAUAAAUGUGCUUUGAAAAUGGGCCCUGAUUUUUACAAUGCACAGAGAAGAGUUAAACAUGUCAAGUACCAUGUCAAUAUCAUAUAACAAUCGUAUAAAACUGUAUCUGGAAAGCAAACAAUGAAUUCACAAUUACUGUAUGUACAGUUAUUUAGUGUAUUACAUUGUAGCAAUUCUAACAUUGUUGAAUGUAGUAAUACUACUGCUGCGUGGAUACAUCCUAUUGGCACAGGGAUGGUGUGCCCGCCACAGACGUGAUUGGGACUUUCAGUGUAAUUAAUUGUUUUCCUUUUCGGUAACAACUUGGUUAUAACCAGCGUGUCCAUGAUGGCACGGUGUCCAUUUUGAGUUCUCCAUUCAAUUAAUAUGAAUGCAGUACUGUAUUCAUUAUGUCAAUUCUGUUUGCAGACAACAUUAAGGACUGGUCCAAGGUUGUUCUGGCCUACGAGCCCGUGUGGGCCAUCGGCACCGGCAAGACCGCAUCCCCCGCCCAGGUAAGUGUAUCUUCUAUCCAAUACAAUUGUAUGACCUCAAUGGAAAGAACCUGGGACCGAUAGGGAGAUGAAACUAAAAGCCUGAAUCUCUUUUAUACUGUAUUUAUUCAGUCUAGACUUGAGCAGAAUGUGUUGUCCAUUUGAGAUUCAUCACUAAAUUGAAGACUAAAGUCGGAACUUACUGGACUUUGGAACCCAUAUUCAUGGUUUUAUUUGAAUCUUUCUCUCUCUUAUCUUUCUCUCUCAGGCCCAGGAAGUUCAUGACAAACUGAGGCAGUGGGUAAAGGCCAAUGUGUCUGAGGCAGUAGCCAACUCUGUCAGGAUAAUCUAUGGAGGUGAGACCAAACUCAUCUGCUUCACGUUUAAACACACUUAAGCUGUUAACGCCAGGACCACCAAAGUGGGGAAUAAUGGGUUUUGUCAUUGCAUAGCUAAUCGAAUUCAAGUCAGGGGCAUGCAGUGGUAGGAGCAUACAGUGGACUCCAUUUUCUCUCCACUACUCUGUCCCUCUCUCAUCACUCCAUUCCUCACUCAAAUCCCUCUGUUCUCUCUCCUCAGGUUCCGUGACAGGUGGCACCUGCAAGGAGCUGGGAGGCAUGAAGGAUGUGGAUGGUUUCCUGGUUGGCGGCGCUGCACUCAAGCCAGAGUUUGUUGACAUCAUCAACGCCAAGCAAUGAAAACCCUGAAGUGGUCAGACCAUGUCAAUGAGGCUAACUCCAUUCAGGCGAAACCUGAACCAUCAUCCUCAACUCUGCACUUAGAACCCCCAAACCAAACCCCCUUCCCCUUUUUAUUCAAAGUAUUUGUGUGAUGAUGUUUUUACCUCUGUUUCCUUUUUUGGUUUAAUGUUUCAAAGAGAAAAGGGACAGAUUGACACGCAUCCUAUACAACAGUGAAAGGCGUUAGUUCCACUGAGAUGGUGUGUUUUUUGUACUAGCCUCCACACUACUGUUUUAAAGGGGCUGCGCUUGACCACACCAUCCUGGGUAGAACAACAACCCAUGCCUUUACUUGAAAGUUUACAAACUUUUAUGUAUACAGUGUCAAAACUAGCAAAGUCAAUCAGAUUCACUUGUCUUUGUAAUAUAGCUGACUCUUUGUGUAAUUAUGUUCUGUGGCUUAUCCCUUCCUGUAGAACGCAUGAUCCGCUCUCUCAUUGGCUACUCAGUCAAGAGGGAGGCGUCCAUUACAUGUCAAUCAUGUUUCGUCAUGGCCGACGGUUAGAAGGGGGAGAACGCCUAGGAGAUGUUGUAAUAAAAGGUUUAAAGACUAA